AUGUCCAAAUCCCAAAGUCCGGAGCCGAUGGCUAUUGUAGGCAUGGGCUGCCGCUGGGCAGGUGGCGUCAAGGAUUCACCUGGCCUUUGGGAAUUCUUGAUCAACAAGCGCUCAGGAUACCAGGACUGGGCAGCGCCUCGGUUCUCGGCGCAAGGCUUUUAUCACCCAAACCCAGAGCGCCCUGGAACCACAGCAGCAAAGGGCGGAUACGUAGUUACCGAGGAUCCUCGCCUCUUCGACCCUGCCUUUUUUGGUAUCUCGGGCCUCGAGGCAGAGACAAUCGAUGCGUCACAACGUAAGCUUCUCGAGGUCGUUUACGAGGCGUUUGAGAAUGCCGGAGACACCUGGGAGAGCGUCAACGGAACGCGUAUGGGCGUAUACGUAGCCGAUAUAUCCUACGACAAUUCGUACGCCCAGACGCGGGACUGGGAGUACGCUAGACCCCAUGCUACAACAGGCGUCUGCCACAACAUUCUAAGCAAUAGAAUCAACUACGUUUUUAAUCUUACUGGCCCAAGUGUUACGCUGGAUAGUGCGUGUACAUCUGCACUCUACGCUAUGCAUAUGGCUAUACAGGCCAUUCAUAAUGGCGACUGUGAGUCGGCAGUAGUUGCCACAGCAAACUGGAUCAUGGAUCCUGCGAUGCAAAUCGCCAUGGACAAGUUGGGUGCUCUGUCAGGUACAUCUAUGAGCCAUGCCUUUGAUGCAUCAGCAGAUGGCUACGCUCGUGGAGAAGGCUUCGCUGCUAUUUACUUGAAGAAGCCAGAAAAGGCAAUGAGACUAGGAAAUCCUAUACGUGCCUUGGUUCGAGGGAGUGCCAUUGGAGCCAACGGCAGGUCUAGCGGCAUCACGCAUCCUAGCGGGGCUGCACAAGAAGCCAUUAUCCGGAAAUGCUACAAGGAUGCUGGCCUCGAUCCCUCAGUGACGCCAUUUCUUGAAUGCCAUGGAACGGGAACCCGGGUUGGCGAUCCGCUGGAAGUCGAAGCAGCAGGCAAUGUAUUCGGUCCAGGCAGAUCGAAUGACCCUGAAGAUCGGCUACUCAUUGGAUCGGUCAAGACAAACUUGGGACAUACUGAGGGUGCAGCAGCGCUUGCGGGCAUCUUCAAAGCUGUGCUAGCUCUCGAAGCCGGCUUGAUUCCACCUAGUAUUGGUGUGCAGACCCUGAAUCCUAGAAUCAACUUUGACAAGGCCAAGGCCAUGGUGGCUACGGAAGUGAUGCCGUGGCCAAAGGGAAAGCUGCGGCGUGCGAGCGUCACCUCGGCUGGAUUUGGCGGUUCUAUCGGGCACUGUAUCCUUGAUCAUGUUAGUGUCGUAUAUCCUGACUAUGUGAAGCCCGGGAUCACGGCAAAAACGAGCGUCAAUGGAACCGAUGGAGCCAAUGGAGCCAAUGGCUAUACAAAUGGUCAUGGAACGAAUGGUCACACAAAGACCAACGGACAGAAAAGUCAUGGCGACAAAACCAAUGGCAAUGCCCAGAGUAGCAAUGACACAAAUGGACAUACAAAUAGUUCUUUGGCGCCGUUGAGAUAUCCUCCCAUGGCAUCAUCACGUACAAAAUCAUCCUCAGCUACUGCAACCACUCGUCAGCUCGUCCUGCUUCCGUUCUCAGCCAAUGUGACAGCCUCGCUCGAUGCCAACAUUGCUGCCCUCUCACGUAUCAUUGAUCAACACUCACUAGCAGAUGUUGCUUACACACUGUCCGUCAAAAGAUCGAGAUUCACACAGCGCACAUUCUGCAUUGUUGACAAAGACGACGUCAACCAAAGCCUGUUCAACGGUAAACAAGAGGUCUUUUCAAGCCCGACCAACGUUCCAGGCUUAGGCUUCAUCUUCACCGGACAAGGCGCCCAGUGGCAUGCAAUGGGAGCUAAACUUUUCGAGUACCAAAUUUUCCGCUCUGCUAUUGACCAUCUAGAUGACGUCUUGGGUGCGCUGCCCUCGGCUCCAUUAUGGAAGAUCAAGGAUCUGCUAUCUGGGACCUGCGACGGUGCCGCUAUGCAGAAGCCAGAGAUUUCGCAGACAGCAUGCACAGCCGUCCAGAUUGGCCUUGUAGAUCUACUUGCUUCGUGGUCAGUUCAUCCUACAGCUGUUGCAGGCCACUCGUCGGGUGAAAUGGCUGCUGCGUAUGCUUCUGGGCGCAUCACAGCCGCUGAAGCUAUCACGGUAGCCUACCUACGCGGCAGGGCAGUGUCGCUGAACAAGAGAAAGGGUGCUAUGCUUGCUGUUGGACUUGGUGUUGAAGCCGCAGCCAAGCAUCUUGUUGGGAUUGAACACGAGAUUAAAAUUGCUGCUGUGAAUUCUCCUGGUAGCCUCACGCUCUCUGGAGAGGUGGAAGCAAUAGAGAGUCUCUCUGCUACUCUAACCAACGAUGGUGUUUUUAACCGGUUGGUGAAGACUGGUGGUAAUGCAUAUCACUCACAUCACAUGCUGGAGCUCGGCAGCGAAUAUCAAACGCUACUCGAUGACGGGUUGGGGCAUUUGGAAAAGCUGGGGCUUCGGAAUGCAACUCGCCGACAUCCUCUUGUCUACUGGGCUUCAUCUGUUACGCCAGACAAAACCAUGCCGACAGACUACGUUCCAGCACAGUAUUGGCGAGCCAAUCUGGAAUCACCUGUUCGAUUUUCAGACGCUGUAGGCAAGCUCAUAACACAGGAUGAGCUUGAGAUUGGCGCAAUGAUUGAGAUAGGACCUCAUCCGGCUCUAAAAGGCCCUGUAGGCCAGAUUAUCAAGAGCUUUGGCGGCGCUAUGCCCUACGUUGCUUCUCUCAAGCGCGGUGAAGAUGAUCAAAAAUCCAUCUUGCAGCUUGCCGGUGCUCUCUUCGGGCUCAAUGCAGCCAUUGAUCUUGAUUCCGUCAACGCAACAGAUGGAAAAGAUGGAAUUAUGGUGCAUGGCACCAUGGCCAUGGAUCUUCCCCCAUACCAGUUCACGUACGGGCCUGUAAGUUACUAUGAAAGCCGUGCAAGCAGAGAAUUUCGUCUCCGUUCAAUUCCCAGGCACGAUCUCAUAGGCUCCAAGAUAGCUGGAAGCGCAAAACUGCGCCCCCAGUUCCGAAAUGUGCUGCGAAUAAAAGAUCUGCCGUGGCUGGGUCACCACAGACUUCUCCCUGAUGCCGUUUUCCCGGCUGCUGGAUACAUGGCAAUGGCAAUGGUAGCAGCGGCCCAAGUACAUAACGAGGCCGGAGAUGCGCUACCCAUUCUCAGCUACUCUCUACGCAAUGUGUCCAUUAAGAGCGCCUUGAAGAUUCCAGAGGAUCAGCACGGUAUCGAAAUCAUUCUUAGCCUGGAACUUGACGACGCAGCUACGGCCCAGGUACCGACUUGGGCCAGCUUUUCCGUCAGUUCUGUCGCUCGUGGGACAGAUCAGUGGACGGAACACUGCAAGGGAUUGGUGAGGGUCAACAUAGACAAAAGUGGUGCACCUCAAACGCUGAGUGCAGAUAUGGACGAGUCUCGGGCUCUGGACGCUCGUGCUUGGUAUAAAACCUUUGCGUCCAUCGGGUUGGGAUAUGGACCUGCAUUUCAAGGCUUAUCUGAUCUUCGCGCCGAUUCAGCUACGAGCAGAGCAUCUGCUAAACUAAGCCUAAACACUACGGCUGGCACCGUCAAAGGUGGCGAGUCGACGUAUCCCAUCCAUCCUGCUUCGCUAGACGCCAUGAUUCAGCUCGGCCUGCUUGCUUGUCACGGUGGCGAGAUAGAGAGAGCUACCGGCGCAUUUGUCCCCAUGCACCUCUCGGAGCUGACUCUUGAGGCUGGCGAUGACGCAGAUUGGGGCACAGCUCUAGCUCAAGGCGAGUUCAAGGGACUGCGGUCUGCGUACCUUCAGCUCCAGUUGCAGAGCUCGAGUGGCAAGCUGCUUCUCAACGUCAAGAAUCUCCGAUGCAUUGCAUACAGCUUGACAGACAAUGGGACCAAGGAUGGUAAUGAAAAGGCUUUUGCUUCACCCUUCACACGCAUGGUAUACAAGCCCGACUCUCGUGUCUUGAGCAACCAGCAGGCACAAACACUCUUCCCGCCUUUGCCAGCAGAUAAGGCAAUGGAUCGCCUGGAGACGGUUGCGGCACUUGUGGUUGUUGAUAUAUAUGAAACGAUGCUCAGAGGGGGGUUGACAAACGUCUCUCUAUCCAUGCGUAGCUUUGCCUCCUGGAUUACGAGAUUGGCAGAGGAUAGUAAGGCGGAGCCGAUAGCCAAAGCGAGACUGGCCUCCUCUCAGGAGCGCCAAAAGGCUCUGCACGACACUUUCCAUGAAAAAGAGCCUCUGGUUGAGAUAAAAGCCAUGCAGCGUUUGCAUGAUAAUGCAAAAGAUAUUCUUGAGGGUACCGAGGCUAGCCAAGACAUCUUGAACAAGGACGGACUCAUUGUCGAGUUUUUACGCACUAGUCUCUACUUGACGGGCACAGAGCCUCAGAUAUCCAAUAUUUUCGACUCCAUCGGCCAUAUUAACCCAAAUGUUCGAAUACUCGAUAUCGGAGCAGGCAACGCAAGGCUUGUCUUGGAGGCUCUUUCUAGCAGCACAAGCUCGAUUAAGCGCUACCGAGACUACACUAUAACAUGUACCUCGCAAGCGGCCCUUGAUGUUGCUCAAGGACAGCUUGGACAGUACCGCCACGUCAACUUUUCCCUUUUAGACAUUGAGCAAGACCCCUCUCAUCAAGGAUUUCAGUCAGCCUAUGAUGUAGUGUUUGCGUCGCAGUCUGUGCAUGUGGCAUCAAACAUCUCCAUAGUGCUAAAGAAUAUCAAGAAGCUGCUUAAACCCAAUGGCAAGCUCGUUAUGGUGGAGGCUACGGGCAAGUCCAUUACUCUCGGGCUUGUCGGCGGCUCACGUAGCCAGUACUGGGGCGACGUGGAAGACUAUCGUGGCGAAAACGGUCUGCUGAUGAGUACGCCAGCGUGGGAUGCUGCUUUGAAGUCUGCAGGCUUUUCGGGCAUUGAUAUUGCUCUGGACGAUUAUCCUCAGCCAAGGACUAGCUCUACUGUCCUAGUAUCUUCUCUCUUGGGACCAACCAGAGUUAGCUCGAAGACAGUGUAUCUACUCCACGGAUCAAAAGGCACCCCGCGUCUUCUCACACAGCUCGUAGCAGCGCUGGAACGGCGUGGUACGGUAUCCAAAACUAUCUUGAUAGAUAAUGUCAAAGAACAACUGCCUCCCAACAGCCGCUUGAUUGCUUUCCUCGAUGGCGAGAACCUGCUUCUCGACGCUGAUGAAGUCCGCCUCUCCAUCUUUCAGUAUCUUGCAGAGAACGCCGCCAGCAUGAUGUGGCUAACGUCGACGGGUAUGGCACAGGGCCACAGCGCAAACGGAGCGGUUGUCGGCGGCCUACUGCGAACUCUUUCUACAGAGUCACCCACAUGCCGCUUUACUUUUAUCGACAUUGACGCAGAUGACUUUGAGCUGCGUAGUAGUAGCAGCCAUGAGAAAGACGAGCUCAUCAGAGUGCUAACUUUCCAAGAAGAAACGCUACAGCAGGAAGCAAACGUUGAGGACAACGAGGAUCGCGAAUUCGCAUGGCACAGCGGAUGCCUCUGGGCCCCCCGGCUGCUUCCCGAGCCUAGGCUAAGUCGAUAUGCAGAGCGUCUCGCUACUCCCACAGCUCUUGGGACCGAGAUGUUACCACAUGAUAGCCAGGGGCCAGUCCGCGCUGCCUUUGAGACACCAGGCAUUCUUAGUUCGCUGUACUUCCAGGCGGACUCUGAAUUGCGCAAUAAUCCCCUACCCAAGGACUGGAUUGAGGUCCAUGUUACGGCCGUGGGACUCAACUGGAAGGAUCUGGCGCUUUGUACCGGUCGGUUCGAUGGGAACAAUCUUUCCUCUGAAUAUGCAGGCGUUGUUACAAUGGUUGGAUCCGAUAUAAAUAGCCGCUUCACCGUGGGAGACUGUGUGUAUGGCCUCGGCAAGGGGUAUUUUGGCAAUUAUGUCCGCGUACCUGCUGGGCUGGCUCAAAAGACGCACACAAACAAACUGCUUGGGGCUGCAACGAUGCCCGUCGUCUUCAUGACGGCCGUGUAUGCCUUUGAGCACCUGACAAGGCUACGCGAAUCACAAAAGGUCUUGAUCCAAUCUGCGUCAGGCGGUGUUGGUCUUGCGGCCAUUGCUCUCGCGCGUGCUAAAGGUGCCGAGGUGUUUGCCAUGGCUGGGUCUCCAGAGAAGUUACGCUUCCUCGUGGAAACAGUAGGUUUGCCGUCUUCUCAUGUCUUUCUGGGACACGAUGACAAGGAAAUGGCACGCGCCGUAGCAGCGACAUGCAACGGCGGAUUCGAUGUUGUCCUUAGCACUUCUCAAGGCGAUAUGCUCUACGAGACCAUAAAGGCCGUGGCUCCUCUAGGCCAUCUCAUUGACAUUGGCCGGCUCAACGUUAGCGACGCAAAGGCCAUAGGCCUCGAGCUGUUUCAAAAGAGCGCCAGCUUCUCGUCGUUUGAUAUUGGUGCCGUGGUUGACCGGGAUCCUGAGCUUGGCGAACAACUUAUGCGCGAGGUGGACGAGCACUACCGUGCUGGAAAUAUUGGCCCGAUUGUGCCCAUGACUGCUUCUGAUAUAUCCCAGCUCAGCCAGACAUUGCAAAACUUCUCCAAGGGCAAGCAUGUCGGAAAGCUGAUUGUAACAUUCCAAAACUCAGAGUCCCUAGUGCGUAUGGUACCCACGGCUCCCUCAGCCAACUUCGAUCCCGAGGCCUGCUAUGUUGUUACUGGAGGACUGACCGGUCUGGGCCGAUCUAUUAUCCAGUGGAUGGGCCAACGAGGAGUUCGUCAUGUUGCUGUUCUAUCUCGCCGCGGCACCAGUGCUCCUGAUGCUAAAACGCUCAUCAAAUCACUUGCAAAGCGCGGCGUAUGCGUAACUGCCUUAUCAUGCGAUCUCAGCAAACGUGAUGAUGUCUUGCAGGCUAUCCAGCAGGUAUCGGUCACGCGAACUAUCAAGGGCAUCGUCCACUGCGCCGUCUCGUACCAGGAUAUUUCUUUCCACAAGCUCUCUAUUCAGGGCUGGCGAGACGGGCUGGCUGCCAAAGUUGCCGGUACAGUCAACCUGCACGAAGCUACCAAGACCCUGCCGCUGGACUUUUUCGUCAUGACUACGUCUAUUCUUUCGGUACUCAGCUUCGCCACGCAAAGCGCCUACACAGCGGCCAACAAUUUUCAGGAUCAAUUUGCGCGAUACAGGCGGCGGCUCGGCCUACCUGCUACUGCAGCUCAGUUCGGUCUUGUAAAUGACAUUGGGCGCCUGAGUACCGAUAACACAACGCUCGAUCUCAUGGCGCGCAACAAGGUUUUGACGAUCCCCGAGAGUUACUUUCUACGCCUUCUUGAGCCUGCCUUUAUCGAGCAGCUAGCUGCGGACCAAGACCCCCUCGUCGCGUCCACAUUUGUCACGUACAUGGAUCCAGCGCACAUGGCCACAAAGGAGCGUGAGGAUAUCGAGCAGGGCAUGCCUACAGCUGCGACGCUACCACGAUGGUAUAAGGAUGCGCGUGUGUCUCAUGUUAUUCGAGGCUUUGACGAUGCUAUGACCAGCCAGGGCAUCGCAACAGAGAAUGCGGAAGGUGGAUGGUCAACCACAGCCCAGCUGCGUAGCGCCUUUGACAAAGCUUUCGCCAGCGCUCAUACUGCAUCAACAGAGGCAGAAAAAACAGAGCAUCGUACACAGUUGCUGGAACUUGUCACGGCCGGCAUUACACGGACUGUUGCGUCCAUGCUGUUGUUGGACAUCUCGGCCGUCAACACGGCCAAGUCGGUAUCGGAACACGGUGUUGAUAGCUUGAUUGCAGCCGAGUUGCGCAGCUGGUUCCAUCACGCGCUGGGCUUUAAAGCGACUAUGAUUGAAUUGUUGGAUGCGCAGAUGAGCAUUGGCAAGCUGGCGUUGAAGGUGGUGCUGGAUGCAGAGAAAGAGUUGAGAAGUACUUAG